AUGGACUUUCCACUUAAACCGCAUACACUAUCCACUUUAUCUCCAACACUCAUUCAUAACAACACCAACAUUCAGGUAGACUACGAAUCAAUGUCCAAGGUAAAGGGUGAAAAGCUAUGGAUCAUAGGAAACCUACCAUUUUACAUCACGAGUCAAAUAUUAUUUUGUCUGGUGGACUAUAAGUCAUCCAUUGAUCGCGCAGUUGUUACUGCUCAGCUUGAGGUUGCCAAGAGAAUUGUUGCAAACCCUGGUGAUACUGACUACUCAAUUUUGAGUGUUGUAUUGCAAUUGUAUGCAACACCCAAACUAUUGUUUACAAUUCCAAAUUAUGCCUUUUAUCCCAAACCAAAAGUGCAUUCUGGUGUUAUAAGUUUGGCAUUUGACCCAGAAAAACAACCAAAAUGUGCACCCUUGAUAUUAAAGAGGAUCUUAAAGGACUCUUUUGGCCAAAGGAGAAAAAAGCUAAAGACUAGUUUAUCGCAAUUUUUGGAGCAACAAGAAAUUGAAUCUCUUCCUCAUCCACUUCCUGAUAUGCGACCUCAGCAACUAUCACCAAAUGAGUUCGAAUCUCUAGCACUGUGGAUUGAGAAGAAUGGGAACUUCACUGCCACUCCAAAAUCGUACAAAUUAUCGGAUAAUCGCAGACUUCGCACGAGAAUGGGACCGGAAGCCUUGGAAAUUUCCCCUAGGAUAUGGAGACAAGAAAAGCACGGGGAAUAG